AGCCGGUUUGGCCCAAGGUUCCAGUCCUUGUCAGGUUUUGCUGCAUACCGAACUUGUAAUCGGCCUGUGGCGCCGACAGGGCCACCUUCACCUUGCUGAUACGACGCGAUGAGUUUGCUUCGCGUGCUGAUUGUCUCUCUCCUGACGGUGACCACCCAGCUGAGCGUGCGCUCGGACGGAGACGGUGCGGGUGCGGAUGACAAGGUGGACUCUCUCGUGUAUGAGUUCGGGGGGUUCUUCGAGUUCGUCGGGCAGGUUAGCGAUGCUCCUGCUGCUCCUGGCGAGCAGGCGGCGCAGCAGCAGCUCGUCGGGCACGACCGCAAGAGCGACGAGGCCUGGCCAGUGGGGUCGUGGCACGCUCCACUUCGGUCGAACGAAACCUACCCAGGGAAGGCGAACUGGCCGUUGUUCGACACGCCGCAGUGCUCCGCCGACGACAUGACGGUCAUCAACUACUGGGCGCUGAAGCAGGCGAAGAAGACGCUCCCGCAGGCCGCCCGCGCGGGGGACUUCAAGACGGGGUCCUGCUACAAAACGUUUACGACCGACUGGUGGUUCGGGAUCUCGCAGUGGGUGUCGUGCUACCAGGAGUUCUACAACGUCUCCACACCGUGCGCCACCUGCAUAGGUAGCGUCUACAACAUGGCCAAGUACAACAUGUCCGAGAACUGCUACAACCUCUGCAAAGGCCGCCCGUCGAGGAGGGACGGCUCCCACUGGUGCUGGGAGGACUGCCAGCAGUGCAUGUGGUACGUCGGGCGGAAGCUGUCGGACUGCUACGGUGAGCCCUACGACAUGACGUGCCGCUAUGGCAAGGAGCUUGGCAAGGAGGGGUACUUCGAGAAGAACGGCAUCGACCCCAAGCGAUGAGAAGAGCGUGUCGGCUGUUUGGGGCCAGCAUCCUCGCGCUGUCCAGUUGUGUUCCCCCUUGCUGCGUUUGGCUGUAAGGGAACUUGCGCGUAGGCAAUCAGUUUCCGCUGACUUGCGUCUGCCACAUGAAUGUGUAUCUAUAUGUAC